AUGGUUAAGCUGAUUGUGUUGUCUGUUGUUGUUCUUGGAGUGGUCGUUUCGGCUCACUGGGACGGUGGCUACGGAGGUCAUGAGCAUAAGGACCAUCACACUUAUCCAAAGUACAAAUUCGAGUACGGCGUCAAGGACCACAAAACGGGAGAUAAUAAACAACAGUGGGAGCAUCGUGAUGGAGAUGUUGUGAAGGGUCAGUACUCCCUUUACGAACCGGAUGGCACCAAACGCAUUGUAGAGUACACUGCCGACAAGCACAACGGAUUCCAGGCUCACGUGAAGCGGGUUGGACACGCUCAUCACCCGCAGGUGUAUGGACACGGUCACGAGGGUGGAUUUGGCGGACACGAACAUGGACAUGGAUUCGUGGGAGGAGAAUCAUUCCAUGGAAAACAUCAUGAUGGACAUGCCACUAGCUACGCCAACUCCAAUCUCUAUUCGCAUCACUGA